AUAGUAUUUUAAAUAUUUUCACUUGUAAUUGAGGGUUUUUUUCUUUUUAAUUAAUCAAUAUUUGCAAAUAAUCAAAAAGAAAGACAUGGCUAAUUCAUCGGGGCAGGAUAUCGCCAGGCAAACACUGACCGAUCGUUUGUUAGAUGCCGUGAAACAGUGUCAAAUACGAUUUGGAGGAAAAACUGAGCUUGCAACUGAGAAGGAUAGCAGGAUAUCCUGUCUCUGUGCUCAGUGGGUGACUGCAUUGCAGUUUGGGAUGAAAUCUAAUAAGAAGAUCAAUCCAUUGAGACACGUUACUGGUCAGGUAUUGCUCAGGAACGAAGGCCAGUCAGUGUUCUGGCAGUUUGUGAAAGAGCAUCUCAGUGCAACCGAAAUACGAAGAUUUAAUUCUCUUGAGAAUGUCAACACUGACACCGGCAGAGACCAGGGCAUUGAAACAAUGCAACCAUUAAGAUUUCUGUGUUGUUUUAUAGCUCAUGCCUGGCUUAGAUCAGCACUGAAUGAGCAAUCUCUGGAGAAGUAUCUGCAUAGCUUUCUGGGACACAAGCAACUUUUAAGUGCUUAUUAUGAACAAGAUGCUUUAUUAUUGGAUGAAGAAAGAUCAAGCAUGCUACCAAUGAUGGCCGCAGGUCUAAGUUCAAUCCUUUUUGCAAUCAAAAUUGACGAUGCUGAGUUCAACAUUUCAAAACAGGCUUCAACAAAUGGAAAUCUAAAUAUUCAGUUGGCUCCAGUUAAUGUUGUUCAAAGUUCAAUGAAGAAAGAACCAUCUCCAAUGUACUCAACAUAUGGAGCUCCAGUAAAAGAAAAGAAAAAGCGAAAAAAGAAAAAGCCGACCAUAGCGCAAAUAGAAAACGUCGAAUUUGACGACGAAGAAAGUCCUGAUGAUCCGAAAAUGUCGGAAACAUCAGAAGAAGUCUUGACCAAUCACGAGCCAGACAUUCCACAAGUUGACGUCAGCUACUCUAAUCCAUCGCUCACGAUAACAAACCAAGCCGGUGAAACUUCAAGAAACCCCGUUUAUUACGAGAAACAAUCACGAGAAACUAAUUUUGAGGAUUUAAAAGUCGAAGAAACAAGAACGGAAAAGAUUGUUAAAAAUCAAAAAUUUUAUUUCCUCGAGGGCAGUGGUUUGCAAGCUACAGCGAAUAUCCCCGUCAGUAAGCCUAGAUUAAGUAUAAGCUCGGACAAUUCCGUCUCGUCUCAACCUGCUGAAGAGGGGCCAGUUUUGGACCAUUCAAGAGAUGAGCCGUUGGUCGAUUUGUCCAGCGGUGUUGCGCUCACCCCGGUCUCUUGCCCGGAUGAGACGACCGCCUGGGCUCUAGCGGAAUCCAAGGAUAGAGAGAGUCCUGGGAACGAAGGAUUACCGGUAGUCGCAACGCGAUUGUUCGCUGGUUCAAAUCAUGACUCUCCGGUUUCAAGUGUCUGUACCGACGACGAUGUCGGCGACGACUACACGAGCUUGGCAAUCGGGGCGACCGAUGCCGUGAUAUCAGCCACUCAAGAUGUUCACAAAGAAAUUGCAGAUUUCACGAGUUCUUCUCUUGUCAGAACCAUGGGAGAUGGUCGCAUGAGUCCACCGAGCGAGGCUUCUGGUACCAAGGAAAUGACUUCAGGGGAACUAAAACAGGCCAUCGUAUCCAUGAUGUUAAGAAAAGAUGAGGUUGAAGAGUCUAAUAGAUCGCUGAGACAACUUUUGGAUAAAGAAAUGCAAGAAUCAGCCUCGCUUCGUGAUCAAGUCGAUGAUUUGCGAAGGGAACUUUCAUCUUCAAAUGAAACGUUUCAUGCAACCCUGCAUACCCUAACAAGCGAAAAUGAUCUCUUAAAACACCAAUUAAAGAAAUAUGUUGCGGCUGUUCAGUCGUUGCGUAGAAACGAGUCUUUGGACAUUGGUAAUGAUGAAGAAAAAAGAGAUUUUGAAAGGAAACUCAUUCAGGUCGCAGACAUGCACGGUGAAUUGAUUGAACUCAACGACAGGUUACAAAAAAUGUUGAAUAUUCGUGAACACCAGUUAAGAAGACUGAGAGAAGAGCUGAUUGAUCUCAGAGGCCCGCUUCCAGAAGAUGGUAAUCUUGAUGACUCUUCCAGCUUGGAGGGUUUAGGACCUCGCUUGGUCCAAGUAAAUACACGUCCUCUUAUAAAUAUCUGGAUUCCUUCAGCGUUCGCUCAGGGAAGAUCUUCCAACGUCCACCACACGUAUCAGGUGUAUGUAAGAAUCAAAGAUGACGAAUGGAAUGUUUACCGAAGAUAUUCAGAUUUUUAUGGCCUUCAUAAAAAGAUCAGCAAGCAAUAUCCUGCCGUUAGUCAGUUUAAAUUUCCGCAAAAGAAGGUUCUUGGAAAUCGUGAUGCAAAAUUCGUGGAAACUAGGCGAAAAAACUUGCAGCGAUAUUUACGAAAAUUAAUAAAUUACAGUUUGAGAAUUGUUCCAGAACUUUCAGAAAAUCCUUGUAAAACCACGUUGCUGAAUUGGUUCCCUUUCUUCGGACAAACUGCAAAUGAGUCCGGCGUACAAAAAUCAUCAAACCCAAACAUCCCAGCCCAUUACACAGGAAUAUAAUUUCAUUGAUCAAUAUUUAUCAAAACGUUGCAAUACUUAAACAAUGUCGCCUUAAACAAAGUCGCCUUAAACGCCAGCAACAAAUUCUACUCUUUAAUAUAUACCAUGAGAUGGUCAUGUUCCUGAUUUCCCCUCAAAAAUGACAUUAUAUAUUUGUAUAGACAAAAUUAUUUUAUGAAAUUAAAUAUUAUUA